UUUCCAAGUGCCUCCUCUGUGCCCUUCUCCCUGUGCAUCCUUGGCCAUAGCUUAUAAGUGAACAACUGGUUGUGAUGGCAGGAGGCCCCCCUAGCAUCAAGGAGGAGAUGGAAAUGUCUAUGGCCAAAGAACUGGCUCCUGGAAGCCGUGGGCAAGGCCAAGAGCACCUGGUGAUAGCAGAAAUAAUGGAGUGUGGGUCCCGGUCCCUGGGUACCUCUCAGCGGCAACAGAAGUUGGAUCCAAAGGCUGCUGGCUCUGCUACAGGCCAAUUGGUUUGGAAUAUGACUGCCACCCAGCCCAAGAAAGGGGGGCACCAGCUGCCAAUGCCCAGAAUGUCGAGAGAACCAGGCCAUGGUGAUGCCCAUCCUCAGGAGUACCCUGGUGGCUUCCAAGGCAUGAGAUUCCAUUAUGAGCGCAACCCAGAGGCAGAUAUGAUCACAGAGAUUGGCCUGGAAGAGCUAAAUGGACUGGAGAUGGAAGUCAUGAGAAGACAGCUGCGUGUGAUCACCGAGCGUCUGUGUGCCCUGGAGGACCAGGGCACCACCUGGCGCCAAAGGGAAGCUCUAUUCUUCACCAUGAUGUUGUCGGCCUGCAUUGCCAACCUGUGGCUGUGGAUGCGCCAGUGAUGCUUCACGCUGCGGUGCCGCCGAGCCCUCUCUCCCUUUCCCUUCUUGUCUUCUCUCCUUGAGCCACCCUUGUCCACCCUCCUUCUGUCUCCCAGCAGCUCCUAGCAGCGUCAAGGCCAUUUUAUAGCUCUGGUUAGACACCCACCUGGGGGAGGUCCUAGCUGCUGGGAGGUGAAGGAAGUGUGGUGCUCUGAAGUUCUGUUCCAUCCUCUGUGGCUGGGGAUUGGCUAUGUCUUCCCUCUUUUCUUCCACAUAGUGCACAGGGCUCUGCACAGAGAACAUGCUCAAUAAAAGUUC